UCAGCACCCUCAAGACACAUCUGUUGAAAUGCUAGCGGUGGGGUGAGGCAUGUGUGAGUGACACCAUUUCACAGGUGGAAAAGCUCGGUUACAACAGAGAUGGCCUUGACUCUCCCAAGAGGAAAAGUUUGCUUGUUUGCUUUCCAUGUGCCAACAGGUUCACCGGUCAUGUCAGGUUACUACGGAGUCAGAAGAUCUUUUCUAGCUGACUCCGACUUCCACAGCACCAAACAAUUUGCAAACGACGUCUGCCCCUCCAGCGCGGCGAAGCCCUUUCCCUGCGAGUCGGCGGGGCAGAGCCACCCCGCGCUCCUGGAUUCCUACUUCCCCGAGCCCUAUGGGGACCACCGGCCCCCGGCCCUGGCCCCCAGCGGCCCGCUGUUCGGCGCCUCGCCCCUGCCGCCGCUCCUGCCUCCGCCCUUCCCCAGCGACCCCACGCACUUCGUGCUGAGAGACUCCUGGGAACAGACAGUGCCGGAUGGUCUCAGCCAGCUCGACCCUGUGUCCACCGACGCCUUGCCACCCAGCACGAGCUGCCUCUCCCAGCUGGAGUCGGGGAGCACCACCCAGCACAGGAGCUCGAGCUGGGGUCCCCCCCUGGCUGGGGCCCAGUCCUAUUCGUUGCACACACUGGAGGAUCUGUACCACACACCAGGGUACCCCACCCCGCCCCCAUAUCCCUUCACCCCUUUCACGACAGUGUCCAACGACCUACCACCCAAGGUGGUGCCCCUCUCCCCAGACGAGGGGGCAGAUGCCUCUGCCCUUCAGGACCCUUCUCCAUGGACCAAAGAAGAUGGGAGCAUGGUGUGGGGGUCAUACGAGUGCCGCAGGGCUUACUGA